GAAGCCUCACACGCCAAGCGCUUCCUCUCUCUGUGUGUUCAGACGCAGCAGAGAGGAACAGGAUCGCAUUUCGCGGCCGGCUGCGGCGACGGCGGACAUGACGGUGUUCGCGGGCCCCGGCGCCGGCUACUUCGCCGGGAAGCAGGUGGUGCCGGUGGACUACCAGGCGGAGGUGUCGCAGCGCCUCGUGGACGCCGCCCACGGCGGCGACCUGAGGACGGCGUACGAGUGCAUGGUGGACCCGUUCGUGGACGUGAGCUUCGUCGGGACGGUGAGCCUGCGGUCGCGGCGGGCGGAGAUCGUGCCGCGGGGCGAGUGCCCGCACGAGGUGGCGGUGGAGUACGAGGAGUUCAGGACGGAGGUCACCGCGCUCUUCCUCGCCGCUCAAGCCGGGAACCUGACGCUCGUCAGGAAGCUGCUGAGCAUGGGAGCUGACGUUAACCAGAAACUGUUCAGGGGCUAUGCCAUAACAGCCGCCGUACGAGAGGGUCAUAUUAAGGUUGCUGAGGUUCUUAUGACCGCAGGGGCAUCUCGUGAUGCAUGUGAGGAGGCCUUAGUGGAGGCGAGCUACGUGGGGCAGCCAAGGAUUUCCGAAAUGCUCAUGGGAUCCCAAAUGAUCCGUCCACAUGUUGCUGUUCAUGCUCUUGUCCUUGCGUGCUGCAGAGGGUUCGUUGCGGUUGUUGAUGCACUCAUCAAGUGCGGUGUGGAUGUCAAUGGAACUGACAGGGCAUUGCUUCAAUCCUCUAAGCCAUCUCUCCACAUUAAUGUGGACUGCAAUCCACUCAUUGCUGCCAUCAUCAGCAGGCAGGUUUCAGUGGUCCGAAGGCUGCUACAGGCAGACGUUAGAGUAGACAUUGAGGUGAGGCUGGGGGCUUGGUCUUGGGAUGUAAAUACAGGAGAAGAAUAUAGAGUGGGUGCAGGCCUAGCUGAGCCAUAUCAUGUCACCUGGUGCGCGGUGGAGUACUUUGAAUGCAGCGGUGCCAUCUUGCGCAUGCUCCUCCGACGGCUUCCCUCUUCUUCUCAUCAUGGAAGAACUCUUGUCCACCAUGCAAUCCUAUGUAACAACAGCAAAGCAUUAGAUGUGCUGCUGACAUGUGGCGUGGAUCCAGAAUGUCCCUUGGAAACCACUCCUAAAACUGGAAUACGACCCAUUCAUUUGGCAACGCGACUCAGGUAUCCAAAAGUUCUACCAUGCUUGAUCUCUGCUGGCUGCAAUCUGAAUUCACGGACAGAAUGUGGAGAGACCGCAUUAAUGAUUGCUGCAAGACGUUGGAAUGAGGAAUGUGUGAAGGUUUUGGCUUCAGCUGGCGUAGACAUGGCUUUGGUUAGUUCAGCAAGUCAGUCGGCAGAAUCAAUCGCAGAAUCAGUUCAAUGGACUCUUGGCUUCCAACAAGCGGUUGUGGAUGUCAUUCAAGCCGGGAAAGUUCCUCAAUCAAGCAAUGUGAAGAUAUUUUGUCCUUUGAUGUUUGUAACUCAAGCAAAUGACGUUGAAGCUCUGAAAAAGCUUAUUGGGCAUGCAGACAUUAAUCUUAAUGAACAGGAUGCCGACGGAUAUACACCUGCCAUGAGGGCUGCAGCAAAUGGCCAUUUAGAGGCUCUCAGGGUGCUUGUCUUUGCCGGGGCCAACACAAAACUGAAAAACAAGCAAGGCGAUACGGUGAAAAGCUUAUCGGAGUUGACACAAAAUGGGGAAACAUUUGAAGCGAUAAUGCAAGAGUACGAACUUCAAAAACAGCUCGAUAAUUCUGCUGGCAUUAGUAGUCUACAUCAUGCCGCACGGGAUGGACUGAUUGAUAUGGUUUGUGUUCUAACGAGCAAAGGUCACGAUGUGAAUGCCUUUGAUGCAGAUGGAUACACUCCACUGAUGUUAGCUGCAAAGGGAGGUCACAGCGCUCUGUGCGAGCUCCUGAUCUCACAUGGAGCGAGGUGCAGCUUAGAGAAUUCGAGACACGAAACGGCACUCUCACUCUCGAGACUAAACGGUAUUGGAAGUGACGCAGAGCAAGUGAUCUUAGAUGAGCUUGCUAGGAAGCUUGUGUUGGAGGGGGCUCGUGUUAAGAAGCACACGAAGUGCGGCAGAGGAGCUCCGCACGUUAAAUUAUUGAGGAUGGUUGGGGCCGCUGCAGUGCUGCGCUGGGGCAAGUCGAGCAGGAGGAACGUGAUAUGCAAGCAGGCCGAGGUGGGGCCUAGUUCGUCCUUCCGCUGGAACCGGAGGCGGAAGUUCGACACGGACGAACAGGGGAUGUUCCAUGUCGUGACGACGAAGAACAGGGAAAUCCACUUUGUAUGUGAGGGAGGCAAUGAAAUGGCGCAGUUGUGGGUGAGGGGAAUCAAGCUUGUGACGAGGGAAGCCAUCUUCGGGAAGAGCGAACCGAGAGAGUGAUUCGUGAGGCUUCGAGGGCUCUAUUCGCGGUGUAUAUUUAUUGGAAGCUAAAGGAAAUCCGCCUGAUCUUGCUUAGACUAGAUCUUUAGUAAAAAAAGCUUUCGUUUUAUGCAGUGAUCCAGAAA